AGGGAGGCGCGGGCCGCGAGGAGGGAAAGCCCGGCGGACUCUGCGCCGCCGCCGCGCGCAGGAAAGGCGCCGGGGCUGCCGCCCGCUGCACAGCGCGCUCUCGGGACCGCCCGCCGGCCCGGCCCCGCAGCCUUCCAGGAGCAAGCGGCGCAGGCAGCGGCCGGGGCGCGCGCGCUCGGGCUCCCUCACCUGCCGGCGCUCGGCGGCUCCCCCGGCGGGACGCGCGCAGGGCCGGCCGGACCUGGAGGAGGAGUGAAGACCCGGCCGCCCGCGCCGCAGCCCAGCCGCCCGCGAGCGCCUCCGAUCCCGCGCGGGGUGCCGGAUCCAUGGCGACCGGGCUCGGGGAGCAGGUCUACGGACUUUCGGAAGACGAGGGAGAGUCACGUAUUCUCAGAGUGAAGGUUGUUUCUGGAAUUGAUCUCGCCAAAAAGGACAUCUUUGGAGCCAGUGAUCCGUAUGUGAAACUUUCACUGUACGUAGCGGAUGAGAAUAGAGAACUUGCCUUGGUACAGACAAAAACAAUAAAAAAGACGCUGAACCCAAAAUGGAAUGAAGAAUUUUAUUUUAGAGUAAACCCAUCUAAUCACAGACUCCUGUUUGAAGUAUUUGAUGAAAACAGAUUGACACGAGACGACUUCCUGGGCCAGGUGGACGUGCCGCUUAGUCAUCUCCCGACAGAAGAUCCAACCAUGGAGCGACCCUAUACAUUUAAGGAUUUUCUCCUCAGACCGAGAAGUCAUAAAUCUCGAGUUAAGGGAUUUUUGCGAUUGAAAAUGGCCUAUAUGCCAAAAAAUGGAGGUCAAGAUGAAGAAAACAGCGAGCAGAGGGAUGAUAUGGAGCAUGGUUGGGAAGUUGUCGACUCGAAUGACUCGGCUUCUCAGCACCAGGAGGAGCUUCCUCCCCCUCCUCUGCCCCCCGGGUGGGAAGAAAAAGUGGACAAUUUAGGCCGAACUUAUUAUGUCAACCACAACAACCGGACCACUCAGUGGCACCGACCAAGCUUGAUGGAUGUGUCCUCCGAGUCCGACAGUAACAUCAGGCAGAUCAACCAGGAGGCAGCGCACCGGCGCUUCCGCUCGCGUAGACACAUCAGUGAGGACCUGGAGCCAGAGCCCACCGAGGGCGGAGACGGCCCUGAGCCCUGGGAGACCAUUUCAGAAGAAGUGAAUAUCACUGGAGACUCCCUCAGUCUGGCACUGCCCCCACCGCCAUCCUCCCCCGUGUCUCGGACCAGCCCACAGGAGCUGUCUGAGGAACUGAGCAGAAGGCUUCAGAUCACUCCAGACUCCAAUGGGGAGCAGUUCGGUUCUUUGAUUCAAAGAGAGCCCUCCUCGAGGUUGAGGUCAUGCAGUGUCACGGAUGCGGUUGCAGAGCAGGCUCAUCUACCACCGCCCAGUGCCCCAACUAGGAGAGCCCGUUCAUCAACUGUCUCGGGUGGUGAGGAGCCAACGCCAUCAGUGGCCUAUGUACAUACCACGCCGGGCCUACCCUCAGGCUGGGAAGAAAGAAAAGACGCUAAGGGACGCACAUACUAUGUCAAUCAUAACAAUCGAACCACAACUUGGACUCGACCUAUCAUGCAGCUUGCAGAAGAUGGUGCAUCUGGAUCCGCCACAAACAGUAACAACCAUCUAAUCGAGCCUCAGAUCCGCCGGCCUCGUAGCCUCAGUUCGCCAACUGUAACUUUAUCUGCCCCUCUGGAGGGUGCCAAGGACUCACCCAUCCGUCGGGCUGUGAAAGAUACCCUUUCCAAUCCACAGUCCCCACAGCCUUCACCUUACAACUCCCCCAAACCACAACACAAAGUCACUCAGAGCUUCCUGCCACCCGGCUGGGAAAUGAGGAUAGCGCCAAACGGCCGGCCCUUCUUCAUUGACCAUAAUACAAAGACUACGACAUGGGAAGAUCCACGCCUGAAAUUUCCUGUACACAUGCGAUCAAAGGCAUCUUUAAACCCCAAUGACCUUGGCCCUCUUCCUCCUGGUUGGGAAGAAAGAAUUCACUUGGAUGGCCGAACCUUCUACAUUGAUCAUAAUAGCAAAAUUACUCAGUGGGAAGAUCCAAGACUGCAGAACCCAGCUAUUACUGGUCCGGCUGUUCCUUACUCCAGAGAAUUUAAGCAGAAAUAUGACUACUUUAGGAAGAAAUUAAAGAAACCUGCUGAUAUUCCGAAUAGGUUUGAAAUGAAACUUCACAGAAAUAACAUUUUCGAAGAGUCCUAUCGGAGAAUCAUGUCAGUGAAAAGACCAGAUGUCCUAAAAGCUAGACUGUGGAUUGAAUUUGAAUCAGAGAAAGGUCUGGACUAUGGGGGUGUGGCCAGAGAAUGGUUCUUCCUACUGUCCAAAGAGAUGUUCAACCCCUACUACGGUCUGUUCGAGUACUCUGCCACGGACAACUACACACUUCAGAUCAAUCCCAAUUCAGGCCUCUGUAAUGAAGAUCAUUUAUCCUAUUUCACUUUUAUCGGAAGAGUUGCUGGUCUGGCAGUAUUUCAUGGGAAGCUUUUAGAUGGUUUCUUCAUUAGACCAUUUUACAAAAUGAUGUUGGGAAAACAGAUAACUCUGAAUGACAUGGAAUCCGUGGAUAGUGAAUAUUACAACUCUUUGAAAUGGAUCUUAGAAAAUGAUCCUACUGAACUGGACCUCAUGUUCUGUAUUGAUGAAGAAAACUUUGGACAGACAUAUCAAGUGGAUCUGAAGCCCAACGGGUCAGAAAUAAUGGUAACAAAUGAAAACAAAAGGGAAUAUAUCGAUUUAGUCAUCCAGUGGAGGUUUGUGAACAGGGUGCAGAAGCAAAUGAACGCCUUCUUGGAGGGAUUCACAGAACUGCUUCCUAUUGAUUUGAUUAAAAUUUUUGAUGAAAAUGAGCUGGAGUUGCUGAUGUGCGGCCUUGGCGAUGUGGACGUGAACGACUGGAGACAGCAUUCUAUUUACAAGAACGGCUACUGCCCAAACCACCCUGUGAUCCAGUGGUUCUGGAAGGCAGUGCUGCUGAUGGACGCUGAGAAGCGUAUCCGGUUACUGCAGUUUGUCACAGGGACGUCCCGAGUACCGAUGAAUGGAUUUGCCGAACUUUAUGGUUCCAAUGGUCCUCAGCUGUUUACAAUAGAGCAAUGGGGGAGUCCUGAGAAGCUGCCCAGAGCUCACACAUGCUUUAAUCGCCUUGACUUACCUCCGUACGAAACCUUUGAAGAUUUACGAGAGAAGCUUCUCAUGGCCGUGGAAAAUGCUCAAGGAUUCGAGGGGGUGGACUAAGCGCCCCCGGCCUCGGGUGGUGGUCCGUCGAGCAAGUCCCGCUUGCACUUUUGCGUUUGCCUAACAGACUUUGCAGAGACGGUGGCAGAAGAGCAGUUGCACAGGGCGGCUCCUGGAACAGAGCCUUCCCCCGGGACUUGCCCAGGUUCAGACGUGGAACCCCGUCCCGGGUCGCGUUCCUGCAUUUUCCACCGCAAAUUAUCAGCUGGUUGAUGUGUAUUACAUUUCAGGAGGACUUAUUCUAUUUAUGUUGUGCCUCUGUAGGCAAAGCCCUUAAUAAAUAUUUUACAUACUUUAUAAUGACAAUGAAUGGAAUUAAUCACUCUACAGGUAUAGUAUUACAACUCAUGUUUACUUUUUAAAAUGAUUUAGACCGAUUUUCAGAUUUUAUUUCGUUACGAUUAAAGAUGUCUCAUUGUA